GCGAGCCCGAAUAAUUACGUAUUCAAUUUUUGGGAGGUCAAAGUUCGCGUCUCCUUCGUCGGUUCAGACACGUCCAUUUCUCUUUUCCUUACCCUCGUUCUCAUCGUCCUCCCCGUCUCAUAAAUGGCCUCCCUUGCACGGUUCCGUCCUGCUGUUCGCCGCAUUCCUGCCUUUGCGCGAUCCAUACAGACGUCCGCGGACACCACUCAACUGCAAGAUACCAUCGAGGAUCAAUCAAAACCCUUUACAGUGAAGCUCCAUGAGGAAUCCUUCCGUUCAUAUCAAUGCGAGACUCCCUCACUUGAGGUCGAGGUGCAAAAGGAUGAGCUUCUGAAGAUGUACAAGGACAUGCAAACAAUGCGUCGGAUGGAAAUGGCUGCCGAUGCCCUUUAUAAGGCUAAGCUUGUUCGUGGUUUCUGUCAUUUGGCUAUUGGCCAGGAAGCUGUUUCCGUUGGUCUUGAGUAUGGUAUCAAGCCUGAAGACCGCGUCAUUACUGCUUACCGGUGUCACCCCUUCGCUGUCAUGCGUGGCGGUACCAUCAAGGGCGUUAUUGCUGAGCUUCUCGGUCGCCAGGGCGGCAUGUCUCAUGGCAAGGGUGGCUCUAUGCACAUCUUCACUCCCUCGUUCUUUGGUGGUAACGGUAUCGUCGGUGCCCAGGUACCUGUAGGAGCUGGUAUCGCGUUCGCACAAAAGUACCUUGGCAAAAACACCGCAACAUUUGCUCUCUACGGUGAUGGUGCAAGUAAUCAAGGACAGGCUAAACUUUGGGGUCUCCCCGCUGUCUUCGUUUGUGAGAACAACAAGUACGGAAUGGGUACCUCUGCCGAGCGCAGUUCCUCCAACACCGAAUACUUUACUCGUGGUGACAAGAUCCCAGGUCUCCAGGUCAACGGUAUGGACAUCAUCGCUUCCAGGCACGCUGUGCAAUACGCUCGCAAGUGGGUGACGGAAGGCAAUGGCCCGCUUCUCAUGGAGUUCGUCACUUACCGUUAUGGUGGUCACUCAAUGUCCGACCCCGGUACCACCUACCGUACCCGUGAGGAGGUUCAGCGGAUGCGUAGCACCCAGGAUCCCAUCCGUGGUCUCCAGCGCUACAUCGAGGAGUGGGGUCUUGCCACCGAGCAAGAGCUGAAGCAACUCGACAAGGACGCCAAGGCCGAAGUUGACCAGGCUGUCGAGGAGGCUAAACAAUCCCCUGAGCCAGUAGCCAAGGACCUCUGGACGGACAUCUACUACAAGGGCACGGAGCCAGUAUCUAUGCGUGGUCGUGAACGCGAGGAGGUACACUACUACUGAUGGCUGGUUUCUCGAUAGUGAUACAUUAGACUUUAUCAUUUGCUACGUUCUAUGUUAGGUAUACUCAUGGAAGCCUACCAAUGAACGCUAUAUUUGCAGCAUGAAUGUGUUGGUUUCGAUGGACGGGUGCAAGACAGUUUUGUGUAGUUGUGAAAUAAAUUGUGAUGAAGUCACUAGUAGAG